CACAUUUCACUCUUUUACUUGGCUCGGUUGCAAAGAUAGGUUGCUGGGAGUCUAAAACAACUUGAUAGCAUAUAAUCGGUGACAACAUCUUGCAAACGCCUUAAGCAGAGACGGGACAAGCGUGUUUUUCGCCUCCGGUCAGGAGAUGGCGAUCACUUCUGCGCCUACAAAGCCAUCAAUACAGUAGCUGCAUCUGUGGUUGAUCCUUAAAGGAGUUAAAACCAUCAAGUACUGUAUUGCUAGAAAGGAAUGAGGAAGAAGAGAAGCCCAGAGGAACUUCUUGUACCGGAUCCCUCAUGGGUGGAAGGUGGCUUGCAGAGCGGCUUUUGGGCUCUUCCAAAAGUUGAAGCAUCAGCUGGAAGACAAAGUGAUGCCAACAUAAGCACACUGGACAACUGAGAAUAACAAGCAACACUGAAAAGCAAAGCAAAUUGAAGCAGAAAUAAAAAAUAUUUUCUAUUUCCUUCAGAAAACCACAGAAUUCGUCUACUUCAUCAGCAGAUAAGAGACAGAAAAGAGAAAAUCAUGAAGAGAUUUGCAGCUGGAAAAAGUAGAUUAUAUAGAAUUUAAGAAUAUGUUACUCGAAAAGGUCGAAGGAGAUCAUUUUUCCUUUCAGAAGAAGAGGAAAAUAUUUGGAAGCCAGUGGGGAAGAAAAUAUCAAUUGGAUAGUCACAUAUGGCAGCCAGAAAAGCAGGCACCAACAAAAUAAGGAAUCACACAUAUCUUUGACCUCCUCAAGAAUGUCAGUGAUGGAAAAGUUUUGUGGGAAAAGUUUCAGUCUCAAUUCCAGCAUGGAGAACCACCAGAGGACUCACACAGGAAAGAAACCGUUCGAGUGUCCAGAUUGUGGGAAACAUUUCCAUUACCAUUGUCACCUGGUAAACCACCAGAGGAUUCACACAGGGGACAAACAUUUUGAAUGUCCUGAUUGUGGGAAAAACUUCAGUCUCAAUUCCUCUCUGGUGAGACACCAAAAGACUCACACAGGAGACAAACCACACAAGUGUGCAGAUUGUGGGAAAAGUUUCAGUUACCGUUCUUCCCUGGUGAACCACCAGAGGACUCACACAGGAGAGAAACCCUUUGAAUGUCCUGAGUGUGGGAAAAGUUUCAGUCAUAAUUCCAGCCUGCUGAGCCACCAGAGGACUCACUCAGGAGAGAAACCCUUUGAAUGUCCUGAGUGUGGGAAAAGUUUCAGUGAGAAUUCCAGCCUGGUGAACCACCAAAGGACUCACACAGGGGAGAAACCCUUUGAAUGUCCUGAUUGUGGGAAAAACUUCACUCUCAAUUCCAACCUGCUGAUACACCAGAGGACUCACACAGGAGAGAAACCAUAUGAGUGUCCAGAUUGUGGGAAAAGUUUCACAGGAAAUUCCAACCUGGUGAGCCACCAGAGGAUUCACACAGGAGAAAAACCCUUUGAAUGUCCUGAGUGUGGGAAAAGUUUCAGACAGAAUUCCCACCUGGUGAAACACCAGAGGACUCACACAGGAGAGAAACCCUUUGAAUGUUCUGAGUGUGGGAAAAGUUUCAGUCAGAAUUCCUACCUGGUGAAACACCAGAGGACUCACACAGGAGAAAAACCCUUUGAAUGUCCUGAUUAUGGGAGAAGUUUCAGACAGAAUUCCCACCUCAUUAUCCACCAGAAGACUCACACCAGGGAGAAACCAUAUGAGUGUCCAGAUUGUGGGAAAUGUUUCAGAGCAAAUUGCCAGCUGGUGAUACAUCAGAGGACUCACACAGGAGAGAAACCCUUUGAAUGUCCUGAGUGUGGGAAAAGUUUCAGUCAUAAAUACAACCUGGUGAACCACCAGAGGACUCACACAGGGGAGAAACCCUUUGAAUGUCCUGAUUGUGGGAAAGGUUUCAGUGACAAUUCCAGCCUGGUGAAACACCAGAGGACUCAUACAGGGGAGAAACCCUUUGAAUGUCCUGAUUGUGGGAAAGGUUUCAGUGAGAAUUCCAGCCUGGUGAAACACCAGAGGACUCACACAGGGGAGAAACCCUUUGAAUGUUCUGAGUGUGGGAAAAGUUUCAGUGAGAAUUCCAGCCUGGUGAAACACCAGAGGACUCACACAGGGGAGAAACCCUUUGAAUGUCCUGAGUGUGGGAAAAGUUUCAGUCACAAUUCCAACCUGGUGAAACACCAGAGGACUCACACAGGAGAGAAACCCUUUGAAUGUCCUGAGUGUGGGAAAUGUUUCAGUCAGAAUGCCAGCCUGGUGAUACACCAGAGGAUUCACACAGGAGCGAAACCCUUUGAAUGUCCUGAGUGUGGGAAAGGUUUCAGUGUCAAUUCCAGUCUGGUGAAACAUCAAAAAACUCACACAGGAGAGAAACCACGCAAGUGUCCAGAUUGUGGGAAAUGUUUCAGUUACCGUUCUUCCCUUCAUGGCAACUUUGUGAUACAUCAGAGGACUCACACCAGGGAGAAACCAUAUGAGUGUCCACAUUGUGGGAAAAGUUUCAUUGCAAAUUCCCACCUGGUAAGACACCAGAGGACUCACACAGGAGAGAAACCCUUUGAAUGUCCUGAUUGUGGGAAAAGUUUCAGUGAGAAUUCCAGCCUGGUGAAACAUCAGAGGACUCACACAGGGGAGAAGCCCUUUGAAUGUCCUGAUUGUGGGAAAAAUUUCAGUCACAAUUCCAACAUGGUGAAACACCAGAGGACUCACACAGGAGAGAAACCCUUCAAAUGUCCUGAUUGUGGGAAAGGUUUCAGUGUCAAUUCCAGCCUGCUGAUACACCAGAGUACUCACACAGGAGAGAAACCCUUUGAAUGUUCUGAGUGUGGGAAAAGUUUCAGUGUCAAUUCCAGCCUGCUGAUACACCAGAGUACUCACACAGGAGAGAAACCGUUUGAAUGUUCUCAGUGUGGGAAAAGUUUCAGUCACAAUUCCAACCUGGUGAAACACCAGAGGACUCACACAGGAGAGAAACCCUUCAAAUGUCCUGAUUGUGGGAAAGGUUUCAGUGUCAAUUCCAGCCUGUUGAUACACCAGAGAACUCACACAGGAGAAAAACCUUUUGAAUGUCCUGAAUGUGGGAAAAACUUCAGUCUCAAUUCCAGUCUGGUGAAACAUCAAAAGACUCACACAGGAGAGAAACCCUUUGAAUGUCCUGAUUGUGGGAAACGUUUCAGUCAGAAUUCCAGCCUGGUGAAACACCAGAGGACUCACACAGGAGAGAAACCCUUUGAAUGUCCUGAUUGUGGGAAAAGUUUCAGUCAGAAUUCCCACCUGGUGAUACACCAGAGGACUCACACAGGAGAGAAACCCUUUGAAUGUCCUGAUUGUGGGAAAAGUUUCAGUCACAAUUCCAGUCUGGUGAUCCAUCAAAGGACUCACACAGGAGAGAAACCCUUCGAAUGUCCUGAUUGUGGGAAAGGUUUCAGUGUUAUUUCCAGCCUGCUGAUACACCAGAGGACUCACACAGGAGAGAAACCCUUUGAAUGUUCUGAGUGUGGGAAAAGUUUCAGUCACAAUUCCAACCUGGUGAAACACCAGAGGACUCACACAGGAGAGAAACCCUUUGAAUGUCCUGAGUGUGGGAAAUGUUUCAGUCAGAAUGCCAGCCUGGUGAUACACCAGAGGACUCACACAGGAGAGAAACCUUUUGAAUGUCCUGAAUGUGGGAAAAACUUCAGUCUCAAUUCCAGUCUGGUGAAACAUCAAAAGACUCACACAGGAGAGAAACUACGCAAGUGUCCAGAUUGUGGGAAAUGUUUCAGUUACCGUUCUUCCUUGAUGAACCACCAGAGGACUCACACAGGAGAGAAACCAGACCAGCAGAGUCAAACAAUUUGAUUGAGGGCCACAUCAGGAUUGUGGUUCAUCUUGUGGGUGGGCAUGGUGGGGUGAUGUCACAUGGCCAGCUCGACAUCUCUUGUGUCGUGGGGCGCCUGUGGUGGCCCAGGCAGGUCUGGGGGGAUCCAUUGUUAAAAUAUAUAUAUUUUAAUCGUAUUUUAAUGUUUGUAGUUUAUGUUUUUACUUGGCUGUUCACCACCCUGAAUCCUCAGGGAGAAGGGCGAUAUACAAAUUUAACAAUAAAGAAAUAAAGAAAUAAAUUCCCUGUGGUAAAACUA